GAUUUCUAAGAUUGAAUGAGCUUCUGGAAACGCUUCACUAGAAUUCCUUGUACUAGUACCGUCGAAGAACCAAUGAAUAUGCCUCCUUUCUACAAGUUUACUUACUAUCCUUUAAAGGGUUUGGGAGAACCUAUCAGAUUCCUGAUGAGAUACGGUGGCGUCGAGUUUGAGGAUGACCGCUUUGUCAUCGAUGAUUGGCCUAAAAUUAAGCCAAAAAUGCCUUUCGGGCAAGUCCCUGUGCUCACUGUGAAGGGAAAACAAUACCAUCAAAGCACGGCUCUUGCUAGAUUCUUCGCCAGGAAGGUACAUCUUGUUGGUAACGAUGAAUGGGAAGAUCUUGAGAUCGAUCAAGUCGUCGAUGCGAUCAACGAUCUUAAAUCAAAAAUGAUUCUGUACUUUUACGAGACAGAUGCGGCGAUCAAACAUUCACGAAAAGGUCCAUUGUACGAAGAAACUCUUCCAUUUUAUUUGAAGCGUUUCGACAACCUCGCUCGAGAAAACCAUGGAUAUUUGGCUUGCAAACGAUUGACUUGGGCGGAUGUCUACUUUGUUGCUAUACUGGAUUACUUGAACUACAUGAUGGAUAUGGACAUAACUGGCAAAUAUCCCAAUCUGGAAACGGUCAAGCGCAAUGUUCUAUCUGUUCCAGCUAUUAAGGAUUGGGUGGACAUCAGACCAAAAACAAAUUACUAAUUUUUGAAUUUGAAUUCCAAGAAUCUCACAUGCAA